AUGACAGAGUCUUUGAUAAUGAAUAAUAUUUCAAAAUAUAAUAUAUCUCCACAAUUUAAUUCUGAUAGAAUCUAUAAUGAUCCUUCAUUAAUGGAUGAUGAAUUUUCAGAUAAUGAAUAUGACUUAUCACCAAAAGAUGAUGUUCCAUCACCAUCAAAAAGAGGAAGAGGUCAAAUUCAAAAUGGUAUUAGAAGAUCACCAAAUAAAUGGACAGAAGAAGAAGAUCAAAAACUUUUUCAAUUAGUUAGUAUUUAUGGUGAAAAGAAAUGGAAAAGAAUAUCAGCAGAGAUGGGAGGACAAAAAACAGGAGCACAAUGUGCUCAACAUUGGAAACGUGUUUUAUCACCAGAUAUUAGAAAAGGACCAUGGGAUGAAGAUGAAGAAGAAUUAUUAUUGAGAUUGGUUAAUCAACAUGGUUCAAGUUGGAAAAAAAUCGCUAAAAGAAUUUGUAAACGUACUGAUAUUCAAUGUCGUUAUCAAUAUUUGAAAUCACUUCAAUCAAGAGAAGUCGCAUGGGUACCAAAGGAAGAUGAAGUUUUGGUUAAAAAAGUUGAUGAAAUGGGUGAAAAUUUAUCUUGGUUAGAAGUAUCUGAAUAUUUAGCAAAAUUAAAACAUACAAAUACUCUUAGAACCGCUUUAGAAUGUAAAACUCGUUACCUUCAAUUAACUGGUAAAGGUGGUUCAAUUUUACCACCUCUAAAUCAAUCAAAUGUUUCAAGUUUAAAUUCCUCUUCUGCAAAUACUUUUAAUCAACAAUUACAAUAUCAACAACAACAACAACAACAACAACAACAACAACAACAACAACAACAACAACAACAACAACAAAUGAAUAAUAAUUAUAAUAACAAUUAUAAUAAUAAUAAUAAUAAUAUUAAUAAUAAUUAUAAUAAUAAUCAUAAUAACCAAAAUAAUAAUAACAAUAAUAAUCAUAAUCAUUAUAAUAAUCAUUAUAAUCAAAUGAAUAAUAAUAAUAAUAAUAAUCAUUAUAACAAUAACAACAAUAAUAAUAAUAAUAUCAAUAAUAAUAAUAAUAAUAAUAUGUAUCAAAUGAAUAAUAAUAAUAGUAAUAGUAAUAAUAACAAUAAAUCACAUAAUUUAUCACCAUUAAGUAGUAUUAUUGAUUCAAAUACAUCAUCACCAUCAUUUGAAGGUUGUGAAGAUAAUAAUAAUAAUAAUAAUAAUAAUAAUAAUAAUAAUAAUAAUAAUAAUAAUAAUAAUAAUAAUAAUAAUAAUUCAAAUAAUACACCACCAAAUAUAUUUAGACCAUUACCACAUAAACCAGUUGUUACAGGAUUAACUAGUCCAACAUCAUCACCAAUUCCAUCAUCACCACCAUUAACACCACCAACAUCAUUAACGCUACCAUCAUCAACAUUAUCAUCACCAUCUUGUAAUAAUAGUAUUAGACAACCAUCUCCAUCACCAUCAAUUAAAACUUUUAAAUCUACAAUUGUAUCAACACCAUCAAGACCAUCACCAUCAAGUUCAACAAAUAGUGCUUUCAGUAUAAAUAAUAUAAUAGAUAGUGAAAAUAAUAAUAAUAAUAAUAAUAACGAUAAUGAUAAUAUAAAAGUUGAAGAUAAUGGUUGUAAUGAACCAGUAAUGAAAAAAGUUAGAAGUAAUGGUGAAUUUUAUUAUCAACCAAUUAAAAAUAAAUUAAAUAAUAAUAAUAAUAACAAUAAUAAUAACAAUAACAAUAAUAAUAAUAAUAAUAAUAAUAAUAAUAAUAAUAAUAAUAAUAAUGGUAACAAUACUUUAUCAUAUAAUAGUGAUAAUAGUAGUGAUGACGACAUGUUACCAAAAUUAAAAAAUAACAAACAAAUCUUAUCAAAUUUUAAAAAUCAUAAUAAUAACCAAUCAAAUACAUCACCAAUGUCUUCUCCAAUUUCUUCACCACAUCAAUCUUCAAUUGAAAAAUUAAAAGCGACCUCAUUUGACUUUUUUAAACUCGAAUCUUUAGCAACAUUAGCUUCUCAAUCUCAGAUUGUAAAUGAAUUAGUCAAUUAA